AUGGGGAAAAAGAACAAUCUCCAUGAUAACUUCUCAAAGCGUCGCAAUGACCUUUUCAUGAAAGCCAGCAAACUUUGCACUCUUAAUGGUGCAGAACUUGCUCUGUUGGUGUUCUCACCUGGGAAAAAGGCUUACGCUUUUGGUCAUUCAUCUUUCGAAUCUGCCAUUGAUAAGUUCCUUGGAAACAAGGCAUCACCUAGCAUCCACGGUGGCACUGAUCACCAUGUUGUUCCCAAUCACCAUGGUGAUAACAUUUCUGAGCUCAAUAAAAUUAUCAACCUUAAGAAACAAUUGGAAGCCAACAAAAAACGUGAAGAAGUUCUUGUUCAGAUGAUACAAGAAGGCCAGCACAAGAAUUAG